CUCACGAACGGUAUUUUCAUCCUUUUCCCUAGCUGGAAUUGUGAUUUUUGGCUUAAGUAGCGUGGUCAACGCUGCCCUCAACAUCUACACCGUUUACAAUUGUACUCCUAUUUCGCCAACAUCUAACAAAGCUCCUUAUCUAGUUCCCGCCAAUUCAUUGUUCAUCGUCUUCGCCUUUGCGCAGAUGGCGUACAUAAUCAACUUCAGUGAUGUUUAUGUUCAACGUGGUUUUAUCAUUAGACGAUUUUGUUGUAUGCAUGUUAUCGUGGUGAACAUUAAAGUAUGGUUGAUGAAUGUGCUCGUUGGAGCUGGUGCAGAUCUCAAAAUGCUUGAAGUUAACUGUUCGAUGGUAACAACAGGAGAGAUUUGGUUGACUAUUGGGGCAAUUGCCGAAUUCUGCACAGUCCAAUUCUGCUUCACCUCUGCUUCAGUAAUUCUGAUAAUGUGGAACAACGUCGGAUGUCAAACUGGAUUACCAAGAAGAGAUGUCAACAGCCCAGUAGGAAUUGGUUAUACUUCCUGCAGAGAAUCUACACUGGGCCUAAUGGCAGGCGGUUUCGUCUGCGUAGUUGUAGUUUUCUCAAAAACAUUAUCAAGCUCAUUGUAUGCAGACAAAAAGCAGCAGCUAGUUGAUUUGUACUACGGAACUCGUAUACCUUUGAAUAUCAUAUCAAUUUUAACUGUUAUGAUUCUGUUAAAAACUUUUAGGACGUGUGGUAGAACUCCAAUUACAGCAGCAAUUACGUCAUACAAACUAGACGAAUUAGUACAGUUUUUCUGCCUAAUACUGUAUGCUUUUGGUGGUAUGUAUUCCGUGAUAAGCUUUUACUAUUAUUAUACCCAAAAAUCGCUUACAGAAUUCGAAGAACGCGUGUUCUAUCUGAACAUUUCAGAAUGUAUACUGAUUGCGAUUAAAUUGUUCACACAAACCAUGUUUAUAGUGAAAGGUCUUCGGGCCAAAUCAUUUGAGUUACGUGGUCCCUCUAUACUGAAACAACUUUUACUAUUCCUCACGCUUGUGAAUAUGUGUUUCUGGUUUAUAUAUUCUAUAGAAGUGGGCCCGGGUAUAUAUUAUUACACGUACACAAGCGAAAGAUUGUUGUUUGGGGACGCAAUAUGGGGAUUUAUUUACAAAAUAUGCGGGCCAUUUUCAACAACUUAUUAUUACCAUUCAAGUGCUUGUAUUUAUGAAAUGUGGGUGACCCAGGCAAGAACUACAACUCAUACCGACCCGGAUUGAGUGACAUAACACAAAAAUGUCGGUCUUAUUCUAUGAGCUACCGUACUUACCCUGAACUCUCACAUAAGGUAGCCUAGUAAACAACUCGUGAUUUCUUGUAGUAAUAUAGUUAUUAUUAAUAUUUAUAUAUUUGAACUACGGUAUAUUUAUAGUGGCUCUUGCAAAUAACGGAUAGUAUACGGAGGCCCAUUUACAUAAUAUUACAAUAUUAUUAUUAUUAUCAUCAUCAUCAUCUGUAUCAUCAUCAUCAUCUUCAUCAUCAUCAUCAUCAUCGUCAUCAUCAUCAUCAUCAUCGGGUGGUGGUUGAUUUUUAUUUAUGCUGUAAUUGUAA